CGGUGUGCAAUGAAUAUAGUGGGUUUUGUAUCUUCUUCGACUCCGAAACGUUUUUCAUAAACUCCUUCGCGAUGUUCAACCUAUAUCAAAGCAUGAACAAAAAGGACGAGCAGGAUAACAAGGAGCCUGACGUUAUCGGUCACGAGCGAUUCUAUCAAGCGCGUUCGAGAAGCGUCAAAAAGAAGAAAAGGGUUACCAGAAGGACACACAGCGCUGCGGAAUUCCCUUCUUCUACUCUGACAGCUGCGAGUAAAAGAGCAGCAUUCAAAAACAGAAGCCACAGCUCGGAAAACAAAAGUGAUGAUGGAGGGAAAUCAACGCCGCAAAGGGUGGACUCUAUUGCUAAACUGUUCUUCGGAAAACGAAACCAGAGUAGUCUUCAAAAGCACGAAUACAGCGCUUUGAAAACAGACGGUGGAAAUGAAAAAUUGAAAGCUGAAAGGCAAAUCCGUAACGGGGCCUUCGUCACGUGCAGAAAUAAUCUCGAAAACAACGAAAGAUAUGAUCUAAAGACUCAGCUUGACGAUAUUGGAUCCAGAGCUGACAAACAUUGUUUCCUAAACCCAUCUAUGCUUUUUAAAUUAGCGCCAGAAAUUGUUGUUAAAAAAGGCGAUGAGUUGCAAAUAUUUUAUAAAAGUGAUUUUAAUAAAACUGAAUUCUUAGGUCUUGAACUAGUUGCCAUAAGAAAUAAUAAAUUAUUAUGUAAAGACCUUCAGAAUAUUGAGAGCAUAACUGAGUUUUUAAAAUAUUUGUUAGUCGAUAAUCCUAUAUGCGUAUCUAGCUUUUCUAUUACAAUUAAAGCUCUGAUAAUGUAUUUGAUUUUACUUAAGGCAUGCUCUUGGUUUGUCCAAAGAGUUACCGACUACCAACUUACCGGAACAGUUUCCAAGGCCGCUAAUCCGCCCGUUGCUGGAAAUCCAGGAUUCCUGGAUAAAAUCGACGGCAAACCUCCUGCCAAGGACGUAUGA